AUGGAUGUAGAAAGAAGAGGGAAGAGGAAAGUGCCUCCCGAGGGAGAGCCGGAAGAGAAACUGCCUUGCAACAGGCUGCGCCCCUCUCUCUACUCCCUCUCUUAUAUCAAGAGGGGACGAACACGGAACUACCUCUACCCGUUCUGGUCACCAUACGCCUACUACCUUUACUGUUACAAAUACCGGAUCACCCUCCGGGAGAAGAUGCUGCCUUGGUGUUGUAAAAGCAUCACCUAUAAGGAAGAGGAGGACUUGACACUGCGGCCCCGCUGCUGCCUCCAGUGCUCCGAGUCCCGAGCGGGUCUCCAGGGGAGCAGGCGCACUGAGCAGGGACAAGACCACGACCAGCUUCAAGAACUGUACUCAGCUGGGAACCUGACAGUGCUUACAACUGACCCCCUGCUCCACCAGGAUCAAGUACAAUUAGACUUCCAUUUCCGCCUCACCCCUCAGACCUCUGCCCACUGGCACGGCCUUCUCUGUGAUCACCGACUCUUCCUGGAUAUCCCAUACCAGGCUUUGGACCAAGGCAACAGAGAAAGUUUGUCGGCAACUCUGGAGUACGUGGAGGAGAAGACCAAUGUGGACUCCGUGUUUGUGAACUUCCCAAUCAACCGGCAGGACAGAGGAGCCCUGUUGCGGGCCUUCAGCUACAUGGGCUUUGAGUUGGUCAGACCAGACCACCCUGCCCUCCCUCCCUGGGACAAUGUCAUCUUUAUGGUGUAUCUCCUUGAAAGGGACCUUGACCACCUGCCCGGUGACCCUCCCUAAGCACCCUUACUCCAACUAUGUGAGGGGCUGCAAGCCUUGACACAUUGGAAUCAGGGGCCCAGGAUGUGAUCGUGGACACCUCUGUCCAUCCUAGGAAUAAAAGAUAGUGCAAU